AGAGAAAACAAAGAAAGCAAUUUCCAAACAUGGCGUCCGGUGAAGAGUGUUCAUUGAAAUUUGAAUGACGUUUCCUUGUCUCUUGCUUACAAACUUCUGAAAUAUGCGUGCUGCACGGACAAUUUUUAACAAUUUUAAUAGCCUGUUACCAGCUAGCACAAGUUCUUACAGUGUCAAGGCGACAGAGGUUGUGAAGUCCACUCCUUACCCUCGUCGAAUUCUCUCUGGAAUUCAGCCAACCGGUUCACUUCACUUAGGAAACUUUUUGGGUGCUGUUCAGAAAUGGGUGGAACUUCAAAAUUCAGGCGAAGAUGCAUUUUACAGCAUUGCCGACCUGCAUGCCAUAACAGUACCACAGGACCCAAAAGUUCUGCAGAAUGGAAUAUUUGAAAUGACUGCUAGCCUUUUAGCAUGUGGCAUUGACCCAGAGAAGUGUGUUCUCUUCCAGCAGUCCAAGGUUCAGUACCAUACCCAAUUAUGCUGGGUUCUUGCAAGCUUAACAACAAUGGCAAAGUUAGGUCAACAAGCACAACUUAGAGAAAAACGAAAUAUUAUUCAAGAAUUAUCAACUGCACUGUAUCUGUACCCUGUGUUGCAAGCAGCUGAUAUUCUCCUUUACAAAGCAACUCUUGUUCCAGUUGGUGAAGACCAGAUUUCUCACCUUAAUUUAGCAUCCUUUUUAGCAAAAACCUUUAACAAACGCUUUGGAAAUACUUUUCCAGAACCACAGGCAUUUAUUAAUGAGGAUAGUAGUCGCCGUCUUAAAAGUUUAAGGAAUCCUCUGAGCAAAAUGUCUAAAUCAGAUAAAGAUCCCCGGAGCCGUAUCAAUCUAUUUGAUUCGCCAGAAGACAUACUUUUGAAGUGCAAAAAAGCUGUAACAGAUAGCAUAUCUGCAGUAGAAUAUGAACCAGAAAAGAGACCUGGCAUUUCUAAUCUAGUUGUCAUACAUUCCUCUCUUACUGGCAGACCAAUCGACACCAUCUGCCAGGAAGUGGUUGGAAUGCAAUCUGGAGAUUACAAAAUCGCAAUGGCGAAUGAAAUAAUUGAAGUACUUCGCCCUCUCAGAGAAAGAUUUAAUCAACUGAUUAAUGAACCUGCGUAUCUAGAGAAUGUACUGAAAGUUGGAGCCUUGCGUGCUGAAGCUCAGGCUCAGGAAACCUGGCAGGAUGUCAGCCGAAAAAUUGGUAUUGGAAGGAACCAAUUAGCAGAAUCUGACCUUGCCACCUGUAAAAACUGAUUCAUAGGGAACCUUUAUAAAAUUCUUUAAUUCAACAUACCUUGGUUUAAAUCAUUGCAGAAUAAAAAGAAUAUUGCGUU